AUGAAUGUCUCAAAAUGUUUCCAACAUCAUUUUAUAUUAAUCGAACAACUACCCAAUGAACUUUCUCUUGAAACUUUUGAUUAUCUGAACGGUGUGGACAUUGCCUAUGCAAUUUCACAAUUAAACGAUCGUUUUCAACAUUUACUUAUCAAAUAUGUUAAUACAUUUGAUUUCAAGUCUAUAAAUAAAGUUAAAUUUGAUUAUGUUACUCAACAUUCAUCAAAUGACAUUAAUCAAGCCGUGGCUUCUUUUUCUACUCCAUUCUAUUUAGUAGAAAAGCGUGGGUUCACCCGAUGUGAUUCAAAUAAUCGAUACUCUGCAUUGGGCAUUUUUUAUACAUUGCCUUUUGCAUUUGAAGAAAUGCGCUUGGAUAUGAAUUCAUGUGAAAUGAGUACAUCGACUUUAGUUUCGAGCAAUAUUGAUCAAAAAAAGUAUGAGUCGUGUAAAAAAGUUGAAUCAUUAGUAUUUUAUGAACAAUAUGAAAUACCCUGUCAAAGUUUUCUUACAUUCAACAUUGUUCGAUUAUGA